GUCAAUGUCAGCGAAAAGUGAAAGAAAAAGAAAAAAUAAUAUAAACUAUAAACAAAAAAUAAAACACAUGUGGUGUGGACACGUGCAACUUUUUCUCUUGUCUUGGUAGUAAUUUGUAAUUUUUUCACUUUCACUGUAAAAUUAUUAUUGAAAAAUAUAAAAUCAAAUGGAUAUAAAACAAGAGGUUACUGAGGAGAUGAGUGAAGUAGAAAUAUAUAAUAACGUGGUGAAUGAUGGCUUCUUCAUUGACGACUGUAAAAUUGAAAUAAAGGAGGAAUGCAAGAAAGAAAGCAUGCAGGAUACAUUUCUUUAUUCAGACUUGCAACAAUUCUCCACAAAGAUUGAAAUAGAUCCAGACGAAAGUAAACAUGGACCAGUUGAAGAAAUAGAUGAAAAAGGUUGUCCAGAAGACGAGAAAAAACUGACAAUUGUAAAAACAACAGAGCAAUCAUCUCCUACGGAAAAUUGUGUGAUUCGACAGCACAAAGAGAGUACAUUAAAUGAAAAGAUAAAAAUUCAAACUGAACAAGAACUGUACGAAUGUGAAAUUUGUAGUAAGCAGUUUACUGCACCAAGUAUUUUAAAAAUACAUUUGAGGGUGCACACUGGUGAAAAACCUUACAAGUGUGAAAUUUGUUUUAAGCAGUUUAGUCAAUAUGGAAAUUUGAAAAAGCAUUUGAGAGUGCACACUGCUGAAAAACCUCACGAGUGUGACAUUUGUUUAAAGCAGUUUAUGACUACAGGUAAUUUGAAAAGACAUUUGAGAGUGCACACUGAGGGGGAGUACACCCCUAGUGGGAGGGGUGGAUAUUACAAGUGUGAAAUUUGUUUUAGACAGUUUAGGGACUUAGCUAAAUUGAAAAUUCAUUUAAGAGUGCACACUGGAGAAACGCCUUACAAGUGCGAAAUUUGUUCUAAGCAGUUCUCUGUUAAAGGUAACUUGACAACACAUUUGCUGACACACUCUGAAGAAAAACCCUACAAGUGUGAAAUUUGUGCUAAAGAGUUUUCUCAAAAAUGUUAUUUGAAAACGCAUUCGUUGAUACAUACUGGACAAAAAUCUUGUAAAUGUGAAAUUUGUUUCAAGGGGUUUUAUAGCGUAGGCAUAUUGAAUAAACAUAUGAGAAUGCACACUGGAGAAAGGCCUUUCAAGUGUAAAAUUUGUUCUAAGCAAUUUUCUUACAAAGAGUCUUUAAAUAAACAUAUGCGUAUUCACACUGGAGAAAAACCGUACAAGUGUGAAAUUUGUUUUAAGCAGUUUACUCAUCUAAGUCAAUUGAAAUCCCAUUUGAAAGUACACACUGGAGAAACGCCUUACAAAUCUUCUUCUUCUUUAAGUGCCGUCUGCUAAUCGGAGGUUGGAUAGCAUAACUAUAUUUAAACCAGUCCCUUAAAUUCUUCAACCAUGACACUCUCCUUUUUCUUAUACUGCUUCCGCCUCUUAUCUUUCCCUGUAUUAUCAGUCUGAGCAUUUCAUAUCGCUGUUCCCUCAUUACGUGUCCCAGAUAUUGUAACUUUCUUAUUUUUAUUGUGUUUAUUAUUUCACAUUCUUUACCCGUGUCUCGCAAUACUUCUGUGUUCGUUUUCUUCUGUGUCCAUGCUAUUCUAAGCAUCCUUCUGUAACAUCACAUUUCAAAUGACUGUAGCUUAUUUAUGUGUUCUUGCUUUAAUGUCCAGCUUUCAAGUCCAUAUUGUAGUAUCGAGAACACAUAGCAUCUCAAAGCUCUUACUCUCAGUUCUAAGCUGUCUUUGUUGCAAAGAACUGUUUUCAUUUUUACAAACGCAUUUCUUGCUAUUUCUAUCCUGGUCCUUAUUUCUGUUGUUUGAUAAUUUUUUUCUGAAAUUCAGGUUCCUAGGUAUUUAUAUUUAUCAACCCUUUCUAUCGGUACAUUUUCCAAGUGUAUGCUUGUUUGUUUGUUUGUUUUCUUAGUUAUUAUCAUGUAUUUGGUCUUUUUUAUAUUCAUUUUUAGUCCAUAUUCUUCACAGAAAUUGUUUGUUUAGUUUAGUAGUAGUUGGAGUUGUUCAGCAGAGCUUCCCAUAAUCACGGUAUCAUCUGCAUAUCUUAUGUUGAUAAUAGAUCUUACGUUAAUUAUUAUUCCUUCACUUUGAGAUAGCAAUGCUUCUUCAAAAAUGGCUUCACUAUAAAUAUGCAUUAAAGAGUAAUGGAGACAUAAUACAUCCCUGCCUAACUCCUCUCCUGAUUUCAAUUUCUGGACUGGGUUCGUUAUCUAUUACAAUUUGUGCUCUUUGAUUCCAGUAAAGGUUUGUUAUCAUUCGUAAGUCCGUUUUGUCUAUGUUUUUUGUCUUUAGAAUUUGGACUAAUUUUUCAUGUCUUAGGCUACUAAUUUUUCAUGCCUACUUUAUCAAAAGCUUUCUCAAAAUCAACGUAAUAAACAUGCACAUCCACAUUCAUGUCCAUGCAUCUUUGAGCAAACACGUUAAAAGCAAAUAACGCCUUACAAGUGCGAAAUUUGUUUUAAACAAUUUUCACAAGCAGGUGCUAUGAAAGAACAUAUCGCUCCAUUUAUAGAAGAACGUCAUAACUCAAAAAUCAACAUUGUGUCAGUAUCGUGCUUUAAAAAUUGUUUUUUUUAGUUAAUUAUAUUAAUUUAACUUUGCAAACAAAUUAAAUGCUUUUAAUAUGGUUUGAUGACACAAAGCACGAUAGUUAACUGGUAGUAGACUUUCUUUUGGAUUGACAAACUUUUGAAUGACAACUACUUUUGUAUUUCUUCUUAAAAAAAUAUAGCAUUUUUUUAUUAUUUUGUUAAAACUUCUUCUGUUGGUAAUGUUGUUUUGUAAAUGUUGGGAUGAUCUUGCACAAAAAAAAUAAGUUACAUUAUCAACUAUUUUUAUAUGAUAUAAUUUUUUGGAUUAUGCCGUUCUUCUGUAAAUUAAGCGAUAUGAGAUUACACACUAGUGAAAAAGCUUACAAAUGUGAAAUUUGUUUUAAGUCAUUUACUCAACUAAGUACAGUAGACUCACUCUAUAACGAUAACUGAAAUGGCGGCCUAAUUACCUCGUUAUGAGCGGAUUUCGUUAUAUCAGACAACUCUUUCUUCAAUCCUGACCCCCCGGGGGGAGUGUAGUGGUCGACUUGAUGUCGUGUAUUGUCCGUCUCCAAAGAUCUCUGUCUGGUCAUUUCUUUUAACUCGUGCAUAGGUCUUUUGCAUAUUUCUGUACUUUGAUCGAUCCAUCUUGUUGGGGAUCUUCCUCGUGAUCUUCGGCCUUCCACCUUUCCUUAUAUAAUGAGUCUUUCCAUGUUUUCUGUGUUUUCUCUCAAACAUGUCUUUAUGUAUUUUAAUUGUUGGAGAUGGACUUUACUGGAGAGUCGUUGGCUAACUUUUAGCUCUCUUAAAAUUGAAUUAUUUGCCCUAUAAUCGGUCCAAGGAAUUCGUAGCAUUCGUCUAGCAUAGUAAUAAUUAAUAAUUGUUAAUUUCUCCCUUGAUCUUGGUGUCCCUCACAUAAUUUAUUUAUGUCUGACUCAAUGUUGGUUAAUAGCAACCUCAAAUCCCCUCUUUCUAUUAUGUCAAGCCUAUUUCCUUGUUUGUUUUUCAAUAUACAUACAGAACUAAAACCUUUCUCCACUAGAUAUGUUGUGCGGAAUGCUAAUAAUAGUCAUUUGAUUGCAUUCCACAAGAUUGGAUAGACUUCAUUUAUCCGCAGCCAAAAUCUUUCAUACCAACACUCCCGAAACAGACUUGUAGAAGGACAUGGCGUUGAAACUUCCACGCUGAAAGGAUCGAUAAACCAAGUUGGCAUUUUCAGACUAGUAAAAUCUUGGAAUCGGGACUGCAGAUCUUCUUUCAAUGUUUGAAGGUAGAGGUAAUAUGUUUGAAAAUCCUCAGAAUCACCACAAGAAGAUUUCAAGUUGAGGAAUUUGUUCAGAUCUCUUCUCUGUAUAUUUUCUUCAAAAAUAAAUAGUUUGUCAAUGAAUGCUCCGACUACCCCCUUCGCUUUGGCCAUAUUUAUGUUCUUCCCUUGUAAUUGCAGGUUCGUUUCAUUUAAUUUUUUUAAAAUAUCUGAUAAGUAAGCGAUGUCACUUCGAUUCUCUUGUAGUGCUGUACUCAGUGUGGGGUCAGUAGUAUUAAGCAAUUCAAUCCACAACAGUGGAUUAAGAAUAGUAUUAAGAAACAGUAUCCAUGACACUGAAGAACCGCCGUAGGCAAUUAUUACCUUUAAAAAGCAGACAUCCGUAAUAUGGAAGUAUUAUGUAGUAGCAAUGUAUUAAAUCGAUGCUUCAGAAGUCGAACGGUGUAAGUCAAAUUCUCCCUAAAAAUGACUUAUGAGAUGUAACACCAAAAAAUACAAAAACGACAAAUAGCUUGUCCUUGUUUGUAUUAUGAAUAUAUGUAAUACUUAUAUUAUGAUCAAUAACGACAGUCUAUUUAUUUUUAAUGGCUCCUUAUUGUUUUGCAAUUAUUUUCACAAACAUGAUCUCAUUUCAAACAUUUAUUGACUUACACCGAUUGGCUUCUGAGGCAUCCAAAUAUCUCAUCAUUUUCUUCACAGAGUGUACGAAAUAUUCGAUCAUUCGUUGGUUUUAUUUUAUUUACCGCAACUAUGACAAGACGACAACAACUUCGGCCGUUCGAUUUUUGUUCGAGUCAAAAUAAAAGGGUCGGUACCUGCUCUCAUCAUUCUCAUCCCACUUUUAUCUCUUUCUCUUUUGUGCGGUUGCUCGCACAAUCGCUCGAUUGCUCGAUCAAUACUACUAAACGAAAGUGCAGAAUUUAUUAUAAUGUAUUAAUUACCUCUUCUUCUUGAUGUGCAUAUCCGUGACGAAUGUUGGCGAUCAUCAUGGCAAUCUUCACUUUAUCUGCAGCAACGCUGAAAAGCUGCACAGAUGUUGUAUUGAACCAGGUUCUGAGGUUCUUCAACCAGAAUGUUCUUCUUCUUCCUGGACCUCGCUUUCCAAAUAUUUUUCCUUACAGGAAAUUAAGUAAGUAUUACUUACCUAUAGAACUAAAUUGUAUCAUGAGUCAUAGUCCUCUGUUACUAUUAGACGAGAUGUUCGUGUUAUUAUUACCUGCAUUGGUAUACAUAUUUACUUUUAAUUACCGAUCGAAAGUAUUGUUUAUUUUUCUCGUUUCUCGGAUGUUAAUCGCCCACCUUAUCGUCCCCUAAAAAUCUAAAUCGCACCCAAGGGGGCGAUUGCCCUCCGGUUGGGAAUCACUGGACUAGACUAUCGAUUCAGAACAAUAACCAGAAAGAUCAGUCUAUAUAAAUUUUCUAAAAGUUUGUAUCCAGGCGAAGAACCAGAAUUGUCGGCACGCCACUGAACAAAAAUAAGGAAUGUUACAACGAACUGUCAAUACUGAUGGAAUCGCCAUGAAGUGAGUUUAAUGGGGCCAGGAUGAGAUAGAAGAUAAUCAGGUAAAGGAGGGAAGAUAAUCGCCAUCUUUCAUAAACAAACAAAUUGAUAUACCCUAUUCCACGAACAUACGCCUGUUUUGGAUUACUUCGACAACGAAUAUUUUACUGUGCAAAACAAGAAGAACGAAAGUAAAUUGCAAAUUACAUUGUUGUUUAUUGAAAUAAUUAUUAGCGCCAUUUACUUUCGUACUUCUUAUGUUGCACAGUAAAAUAUUCGUUGUCGAAGUAAUCCAAAACAGGCGUAUGUUCGUGGAAUGGCCCAUAGUGCUAGCCAGGUACGUCAGGGUUGCCAGGUUUGGGUAUUUUCCCACUAUUUUGGGGUAAUUUGAAAGCGUACAGGGGAACUUCUCUAAGCAGUAAUGGUAGAAAGAUUUUUUGGGGGAAAAAAUUAUGGAAGGUUUUAAGGGGUCAUUGGAAAUUAAAUUUGCGAAUGUACACACAUAACUGUAUAUUAUACUCAUAUAAUCGAAGAAGAUACGACCUAUGAAUUUCAGUUUCUAAGUGGGGGUUUUAUAAAAUCACAUCUGGCAACUCCGGUGGUAGUUAUUAGUCCGUUCUUUAACGGUAAAAUAUUGCAAAAUCUCUAAAUUUUAAAGAACCGCUUGGAUUGACAUGAAAUUUGGCAUACACCUAGCUAACAAGUCAAAGAAAAAAGUGAUAUUGCGCCGAUAUGUGCUUUUGCCCUGGGGGUGCUUUUCACCCCCUCUUGUGGGUGAAAAAAUAUUCGUCCAAAGAAAGUCAGGAAAUGGAUAAACUGGCUAAUAUUAAGUAACUUUUGUUCUAUAGAGUUUUUUCACUAAGUCAAUACUUUUCGAGUUAUUUGGCAGUGAAUAUGUUCAUUUUUUCAACAAAAUAACCACGCUUUUAGACGGUUUCUCGCAAAUAACUCAAAUAGUAAGUAUUUUGUCGAAAAAACAUUCUUAGCAAAAAUAUAGCCUGUAAAAAAUUUUAAAAAAUGAUGUAUAUAUCACGUCUCUACACCUAGUAGAAGCAGAGUUAUAGCUAAUGAAAAAUAGGUUCAUAUUGGUCAAAUUCCAAAUGGAAUACUUUAACGUGAAAUAACCAAAAAUGAAGCACAUUUCGGGGAAAACUCAUUACAACUUAUUUAAAGUGUUUAAAAAAAGCUUCAUUUUUGUUUUAUAAAAAAAUUUCUAGCAUCAAAAUUAAACAAGUUACGCUCAAAAUAAAGUUAGUCCCUUUUGGUUUUGGUAAAAAAAUCGAGAAAAUCACCCCCUAAUUAGUAUCUUAAUUGAACUUAAUCGUUACGACUUCACAAGUUUCUUAACUCGUGUAUAUAUUGUUUAUAUAAUCUGUAAGUUUCAUCGGUUCAACGUCCUUAUUAUUGAAAGGGCUGUAGUUAAAAGGGGUUGAAAGAGUCAUUGAUCACGAAUGUAUGCAAAUUUAGAUACACCAAAUCUUAAUCAAUUUUUGUCUAACAGAAAAACAAAAAAAUACAUGAUAUUUAGAAAAGCAAAUCUGACUUUUUUUUGUUUUUCGAGAUUUUUGGUAUCUCUAACAAUUUUUAAGUUAUUUUGAAAAAAAGCAUAUUUUUCAAAAUUUAAAUUUUUAAAAAUUUUAUUUUGAAACCAAUUUUUUUCAAAAAUAAGCACUUUGAAUCGAUAAAACUUACAGAUCAUAUAAAGACGACAUAAGUAAAAUAAUUUGUGGAGCGGUAACGAUUAAUUUCAUUUAAGUUGCUAAUUAGGGGGUGGUCUUCCCGAUUUUUUUUUGCAAAAACAAAAGGGGCCAACUGUAUUUUGAGCGUAACUUGCUUAAAUUUAAUGCUAGAAACUUUUUGUAAAAACAGAAAUAAAGCUUUAUUUAAACACUUUAAAAAAGUUCUAAUGGGUUUUCCCCAAAAAGUGCUUAAUUUUUUGGAUAUUUCACGUCGAAAUAUUCUAUUUGAAAUUUGGUGAAUAUGAAUCUAUUUUUCAUUGGCUAUAACUCUGGUUCUACGAGAUCCAGAGACCUAACGCGUACACCAUUUUUUUACUUUUUUAUAAGCUAUAUUUUAGCUAAGAACGCUCAAAAUAAAGUUAGUCACUUUUGGUUUUGGUAAAAAAGUCGAGAAAAUCCCCCCUAAUUAGUAUCUUAAAUAAACUUAAUCGUUACGACUUCACAAGUUUCUUGACUCGUGUAUAUAUUGUUUAUAUGAUCUGUAAGUUUCAUCGGUUCAAAGUCCUUAUUAUUGAAAGGGCUGUAGUUAAAAGGGGUUGAACGAGUCACUGAUCACGAAUGUAUGCAAAUUUAGAAACACCAAUAUUAAUCAAUUUUUGUCUAACAGAAAAACAAAAAAUACAUGAUAUUCAGAAAAGCAAAUCUGACUUUUGUUUUUUGAGAUUUUUGGUAUCUCUAAAAAUUUUUAAGUUAUUUUGAAAAAAAAGCUAAUUUUUCAAAAUUUAAAUUUUUAAAAAGAUUACUUUGAAACCAAAUUUUUUCAAAAAUAAGCACUUUGAAUCGAUGAAACUUACAGAUCAUAUAAACACAACAUAAGUAAAAUAAUUUGUGGAGCGGUAACGAUUAAUUUCAUUUAAGUUGCUAAUUAGGGGGUGGUCUUCCCGAUCUUUUUUUGCAAAAACAAAAGGGACUAACUUUAUUUUGAGCGUAACUUGCUUAAAUUUAAUGCUAGAAACUUUUUGUAACAACAGAAAUAAAGCUUUUUUUAAACACUUUUAAAAAAGUUAUAAUAGGUUUUCCCCAAAAAGUGAUUAAUUUUUUGGAUAUUUCACGUCGAAAUAUUCUAUUUGAAAUUUGGUGAAUAUGAAUCUAUUUUUCAUUGGCUAUAACUCUGGUUCUGCGAAAUCCAGAGACCUAACGCGUACACCAUUUUUUUUUUUACUUUUUUAUAGGCUAUAUUUUUGCUAAGAAACACAAAAUAAAAAGUUUUCGACAAAAUACUUACUUUUUGAGUCAUUUGCGAAAAACCGUCUAAAAAUGUGGUUAUUUUGUUGAAAAAUGAAUAUAUUCACUUGCAAAUAACUCGAAAAGUGUUGACUUAGCGAAAAACCUCUAUAGAACAAAAGUUACUUAAAAUUAGUCAGUUUACCCAUUUCCGGACUUAGUUUGGACAUAUAUUUUUUCAUCCCCAAGAGGGGGUGAAAGUCACCCCCAGGGCACAUCGGCACAAUAUCACUUUUUUUCUUUGACAUGUAAGCUAUACGUAUACCAAAUUUCAUGUCAAUCUAAGCGGUUCUUUAAAAUUUAGAGCAAAAACCGUGAAAGAAUGGACUAUAUAGUAAAUUUUACCUUACAAAUUCUCUGUCUCUCUAGGACCUCUCUCUUGUAUGUUGGCGCCAAUCUCGCUUCACUGUUUGAAUGGGACGGGGCCAUUCCAUCAGUAUUGACAGUUCAUUGGAAUGUUAGCAGUUUUUUGGUGCAUUAUUAAAUUAAUAUAGAUUAUAAGAUUAUAGACUAAGAAUUGCUAGAAUUCUGCCAAGAACUUCAUAAGUAGUUUUUAGAUAUCGUAAGAAUUAAACCUUUAUUGGUGUUUAUCUCAAUAUGUAUAAAAUGUGAUAUUCAUUGUUUUUCCCCUGUACUCUUCAUAUGCAUUUAAUAAAACAUUUUGUUGUGUAGUUAAGUUAGUUAAGAAUUACGUUUUAUGUUUAGUGGAAGCUAAGUUGUAUUUCAAACAUUACUGUUUAUGUUAGUCUGUAUGCAGCUUAACAAUCAUUAAUCAAAUUUAUAUUUAAACAAUUAAACAUUGUUUAAUUAUAUCUCCUAUUGUUAUCAUUUCCUGUUCGUAAAAUAAAAGAAUUUUGAAAAUUUA